ACGUCACAGCGCAGGCGCCUCCCUGUCGGACACUCACACGCGCUCGCGCUCAGCUCGGUCAGGUCACGCGCAGGUCCCGUCUGUUCCAGUCUGUGAGAGUUAACGCGCACGGUCCACUGAAGAAGAGGAGGAGGAUGGAGGACUGAGGAAGAGUUCAGAUCUGUUGAGAGGAAGAGGAGAAGAAGAAGAAGAGGGGAGGAGAGGAAGAGGAGAGGAAGAGGAGAAGAAGAGGAAGAGGGGAGGAGAGGAGAAGAAGAGGAAGAGGAGAAGAAGAGGAAGAGGGGAGGAGAGGAAGAGGAGAAGAAGAGGAGAAGUUAACCCAGUAGAAGUUCUCUUAAUACAUCCAGGGUAUUAGUCGGAGGAGUUAACCCAGAGGAAGAGGAGGAAGAGGAAGAGGAGGAAGAGGAAGAGGAGGAAGAAGGAGGAGAGGAAGAGGAGGAAGAAGGAGAGGAAGAGGAGGAAGAGGAGGAAGAGGAAGAAGAAGAAGAAGAAGGAGGAGGAAGAGGAGUCAGUAUUUUUGUUAUUACUGAUGGAUGAAACUUUUCUCCGUGAACUCCGUGCGCGUCCCCGCCGCCUGCGCCUGUAACGCGCACGCGCUCCCCGCAGCUGUGUAUAAUGGACCGAUUGUGUCACCGUGCACGGCGGUGACGUCACAGCAGACGGAGGAGUGGCGGGAACGCGCUUCAGAUGACCACACGCACUGUGUGUUUCAGUGUGUAGUGUGUGUGUGUGAGGAUGAGCGGUGGUAAAAAGAGGAGUGGCUUCCAGAUCACCAGCGUGACCUCAGACUUCAACCAAACUCCAGCCGGCCAAUCAGCUCCCAGCAUAGUCCUGACUGUCCUCCAAUCAGCAGCCUCCUCCUCCUGCAGCCCUCAGGGAAGCUCCUCCCAGCCGACCACGCCCUCUCCUAAGAGGAAAUACAUCUCCCAUGAUGCCUCGGGGCAGGGGGCGGGGUCUUGCUCCAGGUUCAGGGUGGUGAGGCUGGUGGUGGGCGGGGCCGGCGGCGGUGGGCACGGCGAGCCGUUUCGCCGUGGGCGAUGGACUUGCACGGACUUUAUGGAGCGCCAGGAAGGGGUGGGGUUCAGGCGGGUGAUGGACACCAUGAGACACGCCCACUCCCUGGAAUCCCUGGAGAUGAUUGGCCGGGACAUGGACAGAGGCGGAGUCUACUCCCAGGACACCGCCCACCUGCUGGCUCAGCCAAUCAGAGGCAGGGAGGGGGCGGGUCUCGUACUGCGCAGCGGACCGCCCUCCCCGACACACCAAGAGCCAAUCAACAUCCGGCUCCUGGAUCGCAAGGAGCCAAUGGGAGCUCAGGGUUUUGACUCCACCCGUCCACCUCCUUCACCCCGCCCCCGAAAUGUCCCUCCUCCGCUACGAUUGGACGUUGACUCUGCAGGACGGUCUGUCCUCAGGCUGUCUCACUCUCAGCCCAGCUCCCCCCCCGCUGGACCGUACCAUCCCACUCUGACCCCCAUUCAGACCCCAGCAGCCUUCAGUCUGGACCAAACCAUCUUCAACCUGCCGGGGGACGACAGUAGUUCCAGUAACAGUCUGAUCGCCAUCGACAACAAAAUUGAGCAGGCCAUGGACCUGGUGAAGAGUCACCUGAUGCUGGCGGUCAGAGAGGAGGUGGAGCUCCUCAGAGACCAGAUCAGAGAACUUCAGGAGACGAACCAACAGCUGGAGACGGAGAACCACAUCCUGAGAACCCUAACACACACUGUACACAAUAUACACAACUCAUAACACACACUGUACACAAUAUACACAACUCAUAACACACACACUGUACACACAACAUCCUGAGAACACACACACAUCUGGGACUGACCACACGCCUGAGAGCGUCGUCGUGGUAACCAGUGUAACGAGCUGAUGAUCCGACUAAUGAGGACUCUGUUAACGGGACUAUCAGCUGAUGAUGAUGAUGAUGAAGAUGAUGGUGAUGAUGAUGGUGAUGGUGAUGAUGAUGAUGAUGAUGAUGGUGAUGAUGGUGAUGAUGAUGAUGAUGAUCAUUGAUGAAGAUGAUGAAGAUGAUCAGAAAGUAGAUUCUAAUAAAUUAAUGUCUAACUACAGAACAGACUGAUGAUGUUAGAUGAUGAAGAUGAUGAUGAUGAUGAUGAAGAUGAAGAUGUUCUUUAGUCUUCCUGACCUCCACAAUAAAACAAUAAAUACAAUCAGUUUAAACUCAAAACCUAAAAGAUAAACAAUAAAAAUAAAAUGAGAUU